GCCGGGCCGACAGUUUCGGGGGAAAAAGCAAAAGGCGGGCGCAAGGCUGCCUCCCGAGGCUCGCCUUGCUUGCAGUUCCUCCCGCUUUGCUGAGUUUGGAGUCUCCACCUCCAGCACAGGAUGUGGUGCCGCAGGUUGUCCCACCUACAAAGCGGGAUCCAGGACCUGCUGAGGGGAAGAGUCAUAUGUUGGGCACUUCAACAGCCCAGCUUCAAUAGCUUAUUUCCAUUAGCCAUCCAUUGGCACCAUACAGCCUCUAAGUGUCUGAAUUGUGCUUGGCGGCAACAUGAAGAUCAUUUUGAACUGCAAUAUGCUAACACUGUGAUGCGCUUUGAUUAUGUCUGGCUUCGAGACCACUGCCGCUCGGCAUCUUGCUACAACUCUAAGACUCACCAGCGCAGCCUGGACACUGCCAGUGUGGAUUUAGGUAUCAAGCCAAAGACUAUUCGUCUGGAUGAAACCACACUCUUUUUCACUUGGCCAGAUGGUCAUAUGACUAGAUAUGAUUUGGAUUGGCUGGUGAAAAACAGCUACGAAGGGCAGAAACAAAAGGUCAUUCAGCCUAGAAUUUUAUGGAAUGCUGAAAUCUACCAGCAAGCCCAAGUUCCAUCUGUAGAUUUCCAGAGCUUCUUAGAAACCAAUGAGGGACUGAAGAACUUUCUGCAGAACUUUCUGCUCUAUGGAAUUGCAUUUGUAGAAAAUGUCCCUCCCACUCAAGAGCACACAGAGAAAUUGGCAGAAAGGAUCAGCUUGAUCAGAGAAACCAUCUAUGGGAGGAUGUGGUAUUUCACUUCAGACUUCUCCAGGGGUGACACUGCAUACACCAAGCUAGCUCUGGAUCGACACACUGACACUACCUAUUUUCAAGAGCCCUGUGGCAUUCAAGUGUUUCACUGUCUUAAGCAUGAAGGAACAGGUGGCAGGACACUGCUAGUAGAUGGAUUCUAUGCAGCAGAACAGGUACUUCAAAAGGCGCCUGAGGAAUUUGAACUCCUCAGCAAAGUGCCAUUGAAGCAUGAAUAUAUUGAAAAUGUUGGAGAAUGUCACAACCACAUGAUUGGGGUUGGGCCAGUCUUAAAUAUCUACCCAUGGAAUAAAGAGCUCUAUUUGAUCAGGUACAACAACUAUGACCGGGCUGUCAUCAAUACCGUACCUUAUGAUGUUGUCCAUCGUUGGUAUACAGCACAUCGGACCCUAACAAUAGAGUUGAGGAGACCUGAGAAUGAGUUUUGGGUCAAACUAAAGCCUGGCAGGGUCCUAUUUAUAGACAACUGGCGUGUCCUACAUGGCAGGGAAUCCUUCACUGGCUACCGCCAACUCUGUGGCUGCUAUUUAACAAGGGAUGACGUAUUAAACACUGCUCGUCUCUUGGGGCUUCAGGCUUAAAAUUGACAGCAUUGCGAUUAUGAACACACCUGGCACCCUGGCUACAGAAUUUCAUAUCAGCGGAAUAAUGUUGUAUCAAAAUGUACUUCAAAUUGUCUCUUUACCCCAUCACACAAAACAGAAGCAUCCUCUUACUCUAGUAGGAGAAACCUGUUGGAAAGUGGCCUCUAGUGUGGUAGCUCUCUUCUCCAAGUUAUAACAUGGGCUCAUUUGUUUUUUAGACCUUUUGAUAUAGUUUUGGUCAAUCUAAUUCAGAAAUAUAAUCUCCACAUGGAUAGGGAAACAAUAAUAGUCACUAGGUAAAAACUUGUUGCAACUAGAUCAGUUAGAAAGAAAUGCAUUCUAGGAUUCACAAAAUUUUUGGUCUUACGACACCUUAACACUCUUAAAAGUUAUUGAGGACUCCAAAGAGGUCUUAAGUGUGGGUUA